AUGGCUGCUGGUUGGACUAGCCUCGAAGAGAGCAGCUUCUCCAGCCAGCGCAUCGAAGCGGGAGUGCACCAGUCCAUCACCUGCCUCUGUGGACGGAUCCAAGGCUUGAUUCGGGGUCACCGUCCUCUCCACCAAAUCUGCCACUGUGCUGACUGCAAGAAAAUCACCGGUGGAACACACGGUGAUCUCCUCGUCACGAGAGAGCAGUUCUUGGAGAUUAACUCGGGAACCACUCAAGUACUCUCCUUCCAGGCCACCCAGUCGACCUCCGAAUUCAAGAAAUAUCUCUUCCGAUGCGAGCACUGCAGUUCCCCCAUUUAUUUAAAGGAGAGAGAUAUGCAAACGGAUCGCAUCUUUAUCUUUGCCGGCUGUCUAGUGAACCACCAGUGGCUGCAAAAACCCGAUAUCGAAAUAUUCAUGCAAGAGAAAUGUCGCUGGUUGCCUAAACUCCGAAUGACUCCAGCUCCUUCACCGGAGCCUGAUGUGGAGUUGGUACAGGCCGAGCCAGACAUGGAGAUUGUGAGAUCGUACAGCGCGAGUGAGGAGUCAGAUGAGUAA